UCAUUUUUGCGACAGUUGUAACUGCGGAACGACAAGCCGUGUUCUGAUGCAACGUGGAGUUGUUUAUUAUUUUUAAACUACCUUCCGAUGUGGAUUUAAGUGCAACAACGUGCUUCUAUCCGAACUGAUUUCGGGUGCUUACCUUAUAGAAAGAAAUGGGGAAGCUUAAGAGAAAGAGUGACGUCAGUCGAGCUGAGUUGAUGAUGAUGACGAUUGCUGACGUCAUCAAACAGUUGGUGGAAGCUCAUGACGAAGGAAAAGACAUCAACCUCAACAAAGUGAAAACCAAGACCUCUGCCAAAUACGGCCUUGAAGCUCAGCCUCGCUUGGUGGACAUCAUUGCUGCUGUCCCUCCACAGUACCGCCGUGCUCUUGUGCCCAAACUGAAGGCCAAACCCAUCCGCACUGCUAGCGGGAUCGCAGUGGUGGCAGUCAUGUGCAAACCACAUCGAUGUCCACACAUCACCUUCACUGGAAACAUUUGUGUUUACUGUCCUGGUGGGCCCGACUCAGACUUUGAAUAUUCCACACAGUCUUACACUGGUUAUGAGCCAACAUCGAUGCGAGCAAUCCGAGCACGAUACGAUCCAUACCUGCAGACCAGACAUCGUGUGGAGCAGCUGAAGCAGCUGGGGCACAGCGUGGACAAAGUGGAGUUCAUCGUGAUGGGCGGAACAUUUAUGGCGCUGUCUGAGGAGUACAGAGACUACUUCAUCAGGAACCUUCACGACGCCCUGUCUGGACACGCUUCCAACAACCUAGCAGAGGCUGUCAGGUACUCUGAGCGCAGCAACACCAAGUGUGUGGGCAUCACCAUUGAGACGCGACCUGACUACUGCCUGAAGAGACACCUGAGCGACAUGCUGGCCUACGGCUGCACCAGGCUGGAGAUCGGCGUGCAGAGUGUGUACGAAGACGUGGCCAGAGACACCAACAGAGGCCACACGGUGCGAGCCGUCUGCGAGUCCUUCCACCUGGCAAAGGACGCCGGCUUCAAAGUGGUGGCCCACAUGAUGCCCGACCUGCCCAACGUGGGCAUCGAGAGAGAUGUGGAGCAGUUUAUUGAGUUUUUUGAAAAUCCAGCAUUCAGGCCCGACGGUUUGAAGUUAUACCCAACUCUCGUGAUCCGAGGCACGGGUCUGUAUGAGCUAUGGAAGACGGGCCGCUACAAGAGCUACACACCCAGCACUCUGGUCGACCUGGUGGCCCGAAUCCUGGCGCUGGUGCCGCCCUGGACUCGCGUUUAUCGCGUGCAGAGGGACAUCCCCAUGCCGUUAGUGAGCUCGGGAGUGGAGCACGGAAACCUGCGGGAACUGGCUCUAGCCAGGAUGAAGGACAUGGGCACUGAGUGUCGAGAUGUGAGGACCAGAGAAGUUGGCAUUCAGGAAAUCCACCACAAAGUUCGACCCUACCAGGUGGAGCUGGUGAGGCGGGACUACGUGGCCAACGGUUCCUGGGAAACCUUCCUCUCCUACGAGGAUCCACAACUGGACAUCUUGAUCGGUCUGCUGCGUCUGCGCCGCUGCUCCCCGCAAUCCUUUCGAGCCGAACUGAAAGGGGGCGUGUCCAUCGUGCGCGAGCUGCACGUCUACGGCAGCGUGGUCCCCGUGAGCAGCCGGGACCCCACCAAGUUCCAACAUCAGGGUUUUGGAAUGAUGUUGAUGGAAGAAGCAGAGAGGAUUUCCAGAGAAGAACACGGCUCUUCCAAACUGGCCGUCAUUUCAGGCGUAGGAACCAGGAACUACUACAGGAAGAUGGGAUACCACUUGGAAGGACCGUACAUGGUCAAGAUUCUAGACUGACCUGGACUACAAGUGUUCCAUCAAGUGUGGGGUAGAACAGGGAAACUACAGUCUGCAGUCUUCAAUUUGGCCCUCGAGACAUCACCAGUGUGAUAAGGAAUCUGGCCCGCCUCCAACUUUAUUUUAAAUUAUUUCACAGUAUAGUUACUCCCAUUUUUCCGUCAUUUCAUGAAUAUCGUGAGCAGGUCCGGUAAAUGACCAUGAAUUGCACUUUCAGUUGUAUACAGCAUAGAAUUGUCAUAUAUGACCCAAUCCAAACAACCUUUCCCAAUCAGGGCGCAAAUAAACCAACACAAAAAGUCAACACACAUACCACAACCUGCUCACUGAACUUUAGGGAUGUUGUCAUAAAAUAAAGCAAAUCAUAAUUCAUAUUACAAAUAAUGGACCCCUGGUGAAUCUUAUAGGUACCGAAAGGGUUUCAGCCAAAUACGCCUUUAAGUAGUUGUAGAAUGGACAAUGUUUAUAUGCUGAAUUUUGUUUCAUCCUAUUUGAUAAACUGGGGCUGUCCAAAAUACGGCCCCGCCAACGUUUUCAACUUGGCCCCCCAAGACGUCAUGAGUUUAUAAGGAAUCUGGCAACAGGGAGAUUUCACCCCAUUUAUAAAAGAAGAUUUGUACGCUACCUUUGUGGUGUCGCCAUCUUGUGGACAACAUGAGUAAUUCAGGUCUAUGAUCACUUAUGCUGUGCAGCAUUUACUUAUAUGACCACAUUCAAACAAACUUCCCUAGUCAUGGUGGAAAUUUUUUUUCCAACAGACAUGGUAACAUACAAUUUGUGAGUAGUUUAAAAAAUGUCAAUGCAACAUAGAAACAUUCAGAAUGACACCCAUUUAAAUCCCCUACAAUGCAUGAUGGGAAAUAUGCUAGUCUCUCCACACUUAUCCAUGUUUGGUGCAUUUUGGCUGCUUGAUAUUUCUGAUUGAUUACAAAACUUUGAGGUCGUCACAAGUAAACAAGGUUGGAGUUCAACUGUCACACACUUAAUAUCCAAUAGUAUAAAUUAAUAAAUUAUACAUCACUAAUAUGUAUAUAUAAAUAUAUGUACACAUUUUGUACAUAUUUUAAGUCGGCUUUCGGCCCUCGGUUAAAUAGUUUAUAGACCAGUGCGGAUUAUUUCACCCAAUUUCAUUUAUGUUUGUCAUGUACUUUGAUACACAAGUGUUUUUUUUUUAUUUCUGAAGAAUAAAGUGUGAUUGGCGUA